GGGAAGCGCAGGCGAUGCCGGAGAAGGAGGGAGGAGAGGAAGUAGCAAGCUAAAAGAAAAGCCUCUCUGUGUGUUUAUCAUGAUAUUUCAGAAGACAUGGUUAUUGUCAAGACUGAGAAGGUAGAUGAAGGCUGCAGUAAUGAUGGAGGAAACUGCGAGGCCCAGGAGUCUCAGCCUUCUCCUCUAGCCCUGCUAGCAGCCACGUGCAGCAGGAUUGAAUCUCCCAGUGAGAACUCUGAUGGUUUACAGGGGCAACAGGGAGGCUCAAGUGAACUGGACCUUGCUGCUGCAACUCAAAUAUCCCAGAACGCAAAUGGCUGGCAAAUAAUUUCCACUGCUUCUGGAACUUCUGAUUCUCCCAAAGAUCAGGGGAGUAAUAGCAAUGAAGAGAGCGAUUCAUCUUCCAAAAACCGAGCUGCCAGCACUGGGCAGUAUGUGGUUGCUGCCACCCCAAAUAUGCAGAAUCAGCAAGUUCUGACGGGCUUAUCAGGAGUGUUACCCAACAUUCAGUAUCAAGUGAUUCCCCAGUUUCAAACUGUGGAUGGUCAACAGUUGCAGUUUGCCACUGCUCCCACCCAAGUUAGUGUCCAGCAGGAUGCCUCUGGCCAACUGCAGAUAAUUCCAGGGACUAACCAGCAGCUCAUUGCAAACAGGUCUGGCACAGGCAAUAUCCUGGCUGCCAUGCCAAAUCUUUUGCAGCAGGCUGUCCCCAUUCAGGGAGUAAAUGCCCUCUCAGGGCAAACACAGUAUGUCACUAACGUCCCACUGGCUUUGAAUGGCAAUAUCACCUUAUUGCCCGUUAACAGCAUUGCUGCCAGUUUGGCACCCACGUCUCAGUCAGUUACUCUAAGCAGUUCUAGCUCUCCAGAGAACAGCUCUCAACCAGCAACUUCUGGCACCUCAAUCAGUUCCUCCAGCAUGGCUGUGACCCAAGCCAAUACUGCCUCUUUCUUCACCAAUGCUAACAACUACAGUGCCACUACCACAACAAGUAACUUGGGCAUCAUGAAUUUUUCCACUGGUGGCAACGUGGGAACAAAUGUUCAGGUGCAGGCAUCACAGAGGACAAACAGCACUCAGAAUGCUGAUGCUGUGCAAGUUGCGGGAGUUGCAGUCCAGCAAGGACAACAGAAAGAUAUUGAUCAAAACCAGCAGCAGAUCCUAGUGCAGCCUCAACUUGUUCAAGGAGGACAAGGUAGCCAGACCUUUACUCCUCAAGAUGCCCUGCAGAACCUGCAGAUCCAGGCGCUCCCCAACACUGGUCCAAUCUUUAUUCGAACACCCACUGUAGGGCCAAAUGGACAGGUCAGCUGGCAAACUAUUCAGCUACAAAAUCUUCAGGUUCAGAAUCCACAAGCUCAGACAAUCGCUUUGGCUCCCGUUCAGGGAGUGUCUCUGGGGCAGACAGGGAGCACCAGCACAACACUCACACCAAUAGCUUCUGCCUCUCUACCCAGUGGCACGGUCACUGUAAAUGCCGCUCAGCUAUCCUCUGUACCAGGCCUUCAGACGAUUAACCUCGGGGCCCUGGGAUCUGGCAUCCAGGUUCAUCAGCUGCAAGGGCUUCCUCUCACCAUAGCAAAUGCCACUGGUGAUCAUAAUACCCACCUCAGCCUCCAUGGUACUGCUGGUGAUGGGCUGGGUGAUGAUGGAACAACUCUGGAAGAAGGGGAAGCUAGUCCAGAUGCCCAGCCACAACAAGUCCGAAGAAUGCGCAGAGAAGCCUGCACUUGUCCUUAUUGCAAAGACAACGAUGGGAGAGGCUCGGGGGACCCUGGCAAAAAGAAGCAGCACAUCUGCCACAUCCCAGGCUGUGGGAAAGUGUAUGGGAAGACAUCUCAUCUGCGAGCUCAUCUUCGAUGGCAUACUGGCGAACGGCCAUUUGUUUGCUCGUGGAUGUUUUGUGGCAAGCGUUUCACACGCAGUGAUGAGCUACAACGACACAAGCGGACACACACUGGAGAGAAAAAAUUUGCCUGUCCAGAGUGCCCCAAGCGCUUCAUGAGAAGCGAUCAUCUUUCUAAACACAUCAAGACCCACCAAAACAAGAAGGCAGGUGCACCUAACAGUGUGGCUAUGGACGUCUCUGCAGUCUCCAUUGAUGCAAAUGCUUCUACAGAGAGCACUGGUGGGGCAACACCUUCAGCCCUCAUUGCAACCAACAUGGUGGCCAUGGAAGCAAUCUGCCCAGAAGGCAUUGCACGCCUUGCAAGCAGCGGUAUCAAUGUCAUGCAAGUGGCUGAUCUCCAAUCAAUCAACAUCAGUGGCAACGGAUUCUGAGGAUCUGUCUGAUAUUGUACAAACAUAGGAUUCUCAAGGUAGCAGUAGGUCCAAGAGAUGCCUUUCAUUACAGAAGUGAUGGAAGAUGGGGACUCAGCUGCCACAUCUAGCUUUCAGAUCCCAUUUCUGUCUCCCAGGAAUAUUGUGUGCAGAAUAAGGUCUGCUUGCUGUACAGGUCAGCCUUGCAAUGCCUAGAGUGAAUACUUGGGAAGUGGGCAUGGCCCAGAACAGGUUGAUUCAUUUUGUUUUGCUUUCUCCUCCCUCCCCCGUAAGGUCUCUUCACCUUUAUUAGGUACCCCAAUGCCAUCAUGCCUUGGUUCUAAAUGUAUAUGAUCAUUGAAAUACUUUUUAGCAGAAAAAAAAACUAUAUUAUUAUUGUUAUUAUUAUUAUUGUUGUAAUUAUAUAAAAUUAUAAAAUAUGUUCUUUUGGAUGAAAGAGAUUAAAAAGUGCUGCGACCAAAGUCUUUGGUUGUAGUUCAGAUGCCUUAACUUGGAACUUAUUGAGCUGUUAAACGGCGCUCAGGCUUACUUUCAGAUGCUAUAUUGCAUUUUAAUUGUAACUAUAAAAAUAUAAAUUUAGUUUUUCAUAUGCUUAACUUUUAGGUUUGUUUUUUUCCCCAAUGCUCUCCUCCCUUAUUUGAUUAAGCUCUCACUCCCCCCCCUUUUUUUCCCCCUAAAAAAGCUGCUUCCUGAUAAUUUCUACUUUUCUCCAUUUGGAGAAAGGAGUGUCUAUUUAAGUCCCUGUCACCCUUUUUUUUUUACCCGUAGUGGUAGGGUCCAUGACCCACAGUGUGUUCUGGACUUGCAGGGAAAAGCGAGCCUAGGAAAGAUGAGAACAUGAGACAGUUUAUGUUCCUUGCCUUCCAAAUGCAUGAAUUCAACUUUGGCACAUGGGGAGUUCUUUUCAGUUCCUAGUGUAAAGCAGUGAGAAUCCCCUCUGUUUAAGGUAUCUGUGCAUGCAUAAGGCCCAGGAAAUCUGCUCUAAGAAUAACAGGAAUCUUAAGUGGGUGGUGGAGAGGUCUUUAUAUGUGUCAUGACUCAACUCAAGCCAACACAUGUUGGAACUAUAGCAUUAGACUCUGUUGUGCUUUGUUUAAGAUCUUGACAAAUGCUAUGGCCAUAUAAUAAGGGAAAAAGGUAAGUUUGGGUUCUUUUUGCUUGAGAUACUGCAUUGCUGUGAAACACUGAGGGACAUGCCCAGUUCUUUCCAAAUUGACAAAUAACCCAAUAUUUGGUUUGGCUGCUGGGCACUCCAUUGAGAAUAAAUUAUUAAUUGGCUUUUGUAUCUCCUAUUUGUAACUUCUUUUUAGCAGCUUCGUGCUUCUUAGACACCCUGCUCCCUUUACGAGGUUUCAUACGCCCUUAUGAGAACAAUUAUUACAAUAUGAGGAAAUUGCAACAAAGGGAACUAAAGUGGUAGUUCAAAUACCAAAGAAAUAAAUCAAGGCCAGUGCUUAGGAGAGAAAAAGUGAUGGUUAGUUGCAGAAUCUCUGUUAAGGAAUGGGGCCU